GGGCGCUGCUCCGCUGCCGCCGCGCGGGGAUCGCUGCCCCGGUUGUCUUCUUUGUGGACUAUGCUUCUAACUGCUUGUAUAUGGAAGAAAUCGAAGACUCAGUGACUGUUCGAGGUUAUAUCCAGUCCACUAUGGAGACCGAAAAAGACCCCCAGUGCCUCCUGGGCUUGGCCAGGAGAAUCGGGCAGGUUCUGGCUAGAAUGCAUGACGAAGGCCUCAUUCACGGGGACCUCACCACCUCCAACACGCUCCUGAAGCGGCCCCUGGGGCAGCUGAACAUCGUGCUCAUCGACUUCGGGUUGAGUUUUGUUUCGGGGCUGCCGGAAGAUAAAGGCGUCGACCUCUAUGUCCUGGAGAAGGCCUUCUUCAGCACCCACCCCCACACCGAGACUGUGUUUGAAGCCGUUCUGAAGAGCUAUGGUACUUCAUCCAAAAAGUCCGGUCCAGUGCUGAAGAAGUUAGAUGAAGUGCUCCUGAGAGGGAGAAAGCGUUCCAUGGUCGGGUAGCAGAGUUGCUAUAGUGACUGUCUCCCCCUGAGAAUGCUGUGGGUCGGCUGGGCCUAGGCAGUGGGGUCGUUGGUAAGUGGCUUGCGAUUGUGCUGUGCCACCAUCACCUGCAGUUCACUGUUCUCAGGAGCUUAAUGUGCACAAGGCCUGGUCUAGGCAGAACUGGAUGCUGAUAUCUUCUUUGUGUUCUAACAAAGCUUGCCUGAAGAUCAGAGGACAGAGCUAGCCACAAGUUAACCAUAGAGGUCUGGAGGUCUGUACAGACAGGAAGUGAUAUGGCUGGGCAGAGAGAGAGAGCGGAAUAUAAGGUGGGAGAUAGGAGCUCAGCCCCUUUUUGGUUGAGGAUUUUGUAGAGGUAAGGACUCUAGUGGCUGACUGCUCAGCUUUCGCCCUCUAAUGUUUGACUCUGGGUUUUUAUUAUUAAGACCAGUUAGAACUCAUGCUAUAUGUAGUGCCCAACGUUAGGGCAUGAAUUCAUGCAAAGGCUGCUUGCCUAUGGCUUUGCAGCUACUGGCACACACCGGAACUACACGCAGGGGCUCCCGCCCGAGUUACUGCCUCCUCGCCGGCUAUGCUUUUCUCUCAAUUUUCCCUAAGCCUCUGAGCGAGUUUGGAAUUUUUUUGUUGCAGCCUCUCUGCAGCAAACUCCACAGGCCCCAAGUGCCAGAGGCACGUGGGCUUCAAAUGUUGCAGGCAGACUUACUACCCCUUUGUACUGGCUGGCUCUGGCUUCAGCAGCUCCGGUGGCAGGAUCCCACCACUCUUCAGAUGUGUUUCUCAGACAACCAGCUCCCUCUCCCCUGUGGGUUGUGAGCUCCCCCAUACCCCUUCCUUGGACUGAUGUCGGCACACUAGGUAGCUGCUCAGGCUUCUGCUGUUAUUGCGACCACUACACGCUUUCAGCUCACGGCUACACGCUGGCAGUUGCACUGUCCACAGACAGGCUGUGCACCGCCUGUGUGCUCCAGUUAGAUGUGCUGCACAGUCUUAGGCUCCACUGCCAUCACCAUCAGAUUUGGUGAGCCAGUUGUCUUAAAGGGAGGAAUUAGUUAAAAGAGAGAUUUUUUUUCCCCAUGUUAAAAAAAAUGGGAAACACUAUUACAACAGAGAGAGUUAAGUCUGUAUGAUUACACAAUGCAUGGUUUAAAUUUGGAACAAUCAAAUGAAGGGAUAAUCAACCUGGAUUGACAUAAUGUUAAUUAUCAUUUUGAUCAUUGUUAUUGUUGGUGGGGAUUGGGCUAAGUUCGGUUGAAGCAGCGGUGUAGCGGCUGCAGCAGCUCCUGGUGUACAUGUCCUCUCAUUUGACAGAGUAGCUCAUUUUCUUAAGAAAUCGGCCUCCCUACUCUACACUGUGUGCAGGGGCGGCUCCGGCAGCGCUGGAGAGGUCCUACCAAGACAGACAAAAACCACAUCGUGACACCUCUGGCUUCUGCAGUGUCUGAAAUAGCUACAUUUGAACAUGUCCUCGGUGCAGAUGGCACGCACAAAUACAGCCCAGCUGAGAUGGUUGAUGGGAUGAGCCAGUGACAGGUGGAAAAAUGGGUGAUGAGAACAGAUGCUCUCUGACUUUGAAGAAAAUCUGCAAGCCCUAUCGCAGUGAUGUUUCUGCUUUGAACCUGCUCUCGACUCUGGUGGGCAUGGAGGGGUAUGUUUGCACAUUAAAAUAUGGUUUUGGUGAGAUGUCUCAGCCAUAAAGAGCAUGUGCUGCCCUUAGAGAACCUGAGUUCUCAGCUCCCACAUUGGGUAGCUCACAACCUCCUGUGUCCCCCAACUUCAGGGGAUCCAGCACCCUUGGGCCCCUGGCACAUUCACGCAUGUGUACAUGCCCAUUACAGACACGCAUCUGGUUGUCCUGAAACUCACUCUGUGGUCCAGGCUGGCCUCGAACUUAGAGAUCCACCUCUUUUCUACCUCCUGUAUGCUGGUAUUAAGGUGUGCACCUACCACUGCUUGCCUUAAAAUAGUUCCAAUAUUUUAAUAUCA